AUGACUGAAAUAUCCCCAAUUAAUGUGCGACCCUCAAAUGCUAGUGAAACAUUUAACUUCGUAAAUCAGAGAUUUUUAGGGCAAGUUUUUACACAAAACCAAUGGAUACGAUUGAUAGAUGAUUUCAUAAGAGUUACAAAAGCAGGUGGAUGGAUAGAAUUGAUGGAAAGCAAUCAUAUGAUUAAUAAUCCUGGCCCAAUCACUAAAAAUAAUGCUGUACAGCAACAUUUGAUUUCAAACGGAAUGAAUCCCAAAAUGUACUUACAGAUCCCAAAGCUUAUGGCAAACACAAAUAAAUUCGUAUCAAUAAAAAGCCUUGAAACGAUAACUCCGCUUGGAGACUGGCAGCAAACAUCACAGGGAAUGAAGACACUUGAAUUGCUUGCAGAAUCAUUAAAAUCAUUAUAA